AUGGCACUCAGCAUUCUAUCCCGUUCCUCGGACUCCCCGAUUUCGAGUGGAAAGCGCAAUAUUGCCAUUGCAGAAAUCGUGAUAUUCUCUAUUAUCCAUAUUGCCCAGUUCAGCACAAGAUUCAUGCAAGAGCGGCAGUACUGGCAUCACACCAAGAAUAAGAAAAUUGGACGCUGUGUACUCUAUUCUUGGUUCAGUAUGGUUGGUCUCCUGUCGCAAAUUCGUAUAGCUGGCUCGGCUGUCAUCCUAUCUACCUCACACCCUGACAAAUCAAUGCUCAUUGCCGAAUCCGCCUUGCAAAGUGUAGGCCUCUCGCCUCUUUUGUUCGAAGUUAGUCUGGUCAUGUUACGAUGUGGACAAUCCGGAGAAUUUGGCCCCGGCAACUCGAAGUGGUCCAAAUGGACCCGAUUCGCCCUACACUUCUUCCGUUUCCCAAUUUUCAUUGCCAUCGUCUUGGCAAUAGUGGGAGCUUCUAUCAACAUGCGUGCCCUAGGAGAAGCUGGAUCGGUGGUUCUUGUUGUCACAUUCGCCUAUGUAUGUUGUCUUGUUGCUUGGCUUGCAUUCAAAUCAGGAACAAUUCUUCCUGAGUCUGGAAACCGUGCUGCAAUCGUGACUGUGUUCACUCUGCCAUUCCUCUUGGUGCGGGUUAUCUAUUUCCUUUUGCUGGAAUAUGGUCCUCCCAGGUUCAACCCGGCCACUGGUGAUAUUGGUAUUCUGGUUGGAAUGGGGCUUUUGAUGGAGAUUAUCAUUGUUAUGAUACUUUUGGUUGCUCGUGGUGUGGCUGAGCCUGUUAUGCCAGCUUUUUUCCCUAAGUCUCUCGUUUAUGAGGACUUGGAAUCGCCUGUAAAUUGA